AUGCCAUAUUAUACUCCAUACGAGGAUGAAGUUAGGAAUGCUAUUAGAAAUGAGGGAUCGUUUUCUCUUGAUAUCUUGAAUUCUUUUCAAGUCAACUGGUAUCCAAUCGAUACGGAUGGUGAUGCAAAUACCAAAGAUUUUGAUGAGCCUAGCCUUAUCUAUGGGGAAAAGGCAGCAAAAGUCGUUAGAGCUGUUGUGGAACCAAUGUUGGCAUUUCAUUUUGGAAAUUCCAUUAUUGACGUGUUAUUUAAAAGGUAUGAAAAGCAUGUGGCAUUAUACCUAGCUAAAAAGAAGACAGGACACUUUAUUCUAGUCAUUUCAUUGUCAAAAAAAUAG